AUGAGUCUCCCAAGAAUGGAAGAUGUCGGCACGCUCAUCACGGAAAUUAAUUCUAAAAAGCUCAAGAAUGAUGAAGGAGGUAGUAUUCAUACACGCCACUCUCGGGAUACAUUCAAAAUUAUUCAGAAAUGUGUUGGGGAAAAUGAAAUGAGUUGGGACUUGAGUGGGACCUAUCUGCACAAUCUUUGUGAUGAUUGUAAUCAAUAUGAAAUUGAACAUUUAGGACAUGAGAAAGAUAGUCAUUUCGAAAAGAUGAUACUUGUUGAAUUUUAUGCUUCUCGUAAUUAUCUUGAGGGUUUUUCGAAUGAUGUGGUGAGAAUUUUGGGAAAAACUAUAUUCACGGAAAGACUGCGAAAACUGAACUUGAGUUGUAAUAAUUUAACAAAAUUUCCUCCUUUGAAAGAACUUGUAAAUCUACAGGAAUUAUUACUGUCAAACAACAAAAUUUCAGAAAUUGAUCCUCAAUUAGAAAAUUGUGUUUAUUUAGAGAAAUUGGACUUGAAAAUGAACAGAAUUGCAUUCAUCAAACAUUUACCUCUACCAAUCAAUGGAUCUACAAGCAACAAGCUUGUAUAUCUUUCCCUGAGUUGUAAUCAAAUCAUUGAUUUCAAUGACAAGGAGAUACAAAAGUGCAGAAAGUUGCAACAUUUGGGGUUGUUUGGAAAUUUAAUUGAAACACCUCUAGCACAAUUAUUAGUUUUACUAAGCGAGAGCUGCGGAACUGUAUUGCAAGAGUUAUGGCUACAAGCUAAUCCCAUUACUCCCAUUAGCUCUAUCACUGCAGAUGAAAACGUGCUGGGUGUCCGCAAUAGGGUAGAAACAAGUAGCCGAAUGACGCCUCUGACCAGAGACAUAGAAAUUGAACUAAUCCAUAACAAGUUUCCUGCCCUUUCCCAUUAUAAUGGGAUGUAUUUAAAGCAGUAA